UAUCGCCACACGCUUUCGGGGGAAUACUAUCAAGUGGGAAACGGUAACGCAGUCCCCGCAACAUCAUGGCCUCGGCUGUUAAUGCGCCCUCCGAACAGGAAAACAGAGACCCCGAACGGCCGAGGAUAACGCGGAGGAGCAGGGGGGACUAUACCCGCAGCACACCGCUGGAUUUGGAGUAUUUGCAGCGGCCGAGUUACUGCGAUGCGGGCUUUGCUCUGGAGCAAAUCUCAGAGGGGAAGGCGACUGGGAGGAAAGCGCCUCUGUGGCUCAGAGCGAAGUUCCAGAGACUUUUAUUCAGGCUGGGCUGUUACAUACAGAGGAACUGUGGAAAGUUUUUGGUUGUAGGCCUCAUGAUUUUUGGAGCUUUCGCCGUGGGCUUAAAGGCAGCUAAUUUGGAAACAGACGUGGAGAAACUCUGGGUGGAAGUUGGCGGACGCGUAAAUCAGGAACUGAAGUACACCAGGCAGAAGAUGGGCGAGGAAGCCAUGUUUAACCCUCAGCUGAUGAUUCAGACGCCGCGAGAGGAGGGGGCCAGCAUUCUAACGGUGGAGGCCAUCCUGCAGCACCUGGAGUCUGCUCUCCGAGCCAGCAGAGUUCAUGUUUACCUUUAUAACAGAAAAUGGGAAUUGGAACAUUUAUGCUACAAAUCAGGAGAAUUCGUGACAGAAACUCAUUUCAUGAAUCAGAUGAUAGAAAAUCUUAAUCCCUGCCUCAUCAUCACCCCUUUGGACUGUUUCUGGGAAGGAGCCAAGCUUCACUCUGGAAUGGCUUAUCUUCCAGGUGAGGGCUUCAGGCAGUGGGCCGAUUUUGACCCCAAGAAGUUCCUUAACAAGCUCAACCUGACUAGCUUUCUCCUGGAAGACUUUGAGGACAUGUUGGAGAAGACGGGCGUUGGACACGGCUACAUGGAUAGACCCUGUCUGAACCCCGCUGACCCUGACUGCCCUCUCACCGCACCCAACAAGAACUCAACCAAGCCUUUAAAUGUGGCGCGGACUCUGAGCGGAGGCUGCCACGGUCUGUCCAAGAAGUACAUGCACUGGCAGGAGGAGCUGAUCAUAGGUGGGACCACAAAGAACGGCAGUGGGCCCCUGCUCAGUGCCCAGGCCUUACAGACCAUGUUCCAGCUGAUGACUCCCAAGCAGAUGUUUGAGCACUUUCGGGGCUACGACGAAGUUUCCCACAUCAACUGGAACGAAGAAAAGGCUGCAGCCAUCCUGGAAGCCUGGCAGAGGAGAUACUCUGAGGCAGUGCUGCAGAGUGUGGCAGAAAAUUCAUCCCAGAUAGUCCUACCUUUUACCACCACCACCCUGGAGGACAUUCUCAAGUCUUUUUCUGACAUCAGUGUUAUUCGUGUGGCCAGCGGCUACCUGCUCAUGCUGGCUUACGCGUGUCUGACAAUGCUACGGUGGGACUGUGCUAAGUCCCAAGGUGCCGUGGGCCUGGCGGGGGUCAUGCUGGUGACCUUGUCUGUGGCAGCUGGCCUAGGUCUCUGUUCCCUUCUGGGCAUCUCCUUCAAUGCUGCCACAACACAGGUUCUUCCCUUCUUAGCCUUGGGAGUCGGAGUGGAUGACGUCUUCCUUCUUGCUCAUGCCUUCAGUGAAACCGGACAGAACAAGAGGAUCCCAUUCGAGGAUCGUACGGGGGAGUGUUUGAAGAGGACAGGGACCAGUGUGGCGCUCACCUCCAUCAGUAACGUCACAGCGUUCUUCAUGGCCGCCCUCAUCCCCAUCCCAGCGCUCCGUGCCUUCUCUCUACAGGCGGCGGUGGUGGUGGUCUUUAACUUCGCCAUGGUGCUGCUCAUCUUUCCCGCCAUCCUCAGCAUGGACCUUUACCGACGCGAGGAGAGGCGUUUCGAUAUUUUCUGCUGCUUCUACAGCCCUUGUGCCAAUCGUGUGGUUCAGAUCGAGCCUCAGGCGUACUUGGAUGGGGCAGAUGCGGGGCGCUACAGCCCUCCUCCAUCAUAUUGCACCCCUCCCCCCUCAUAUCACACGCCUCCCCCAAGCUACAGCAGUCCUCCGCCGUCCUACAGCAGCCACAGCUUUGCCCAGCAGACCCAGAUCACCAUGCAGUCCACCGUGCAGCUCAGGACGGAGUACGACCCCCGGACUCAAGCCUUCUACACAACAGCCGAGCCCAGGUCCCAGAUCUCCGUGCAGCCGAUUAACCCGGCUCCAACGAGGAGCAACCGCAGCAGUGACUAUUACAACAACAACAACAGCAGCAGCAGCAAUCACGGAAACCUCAGCAACAACAACAACAGCAGCAGAGGCAACAGCGGAUCUAGAGGCUCCGCCUCUUUCUCUCACCAAUAUCCUGCAUCUACAUUGACCCCGCCCACUUCCAGUUCCGUUCCUCAGGGUGACACGGUCUCGUCUACUGGUCAGAGUCCAGAGAACAGCAGCUCCACCCGGGACCUGCUGUCCAACGUCGGAGAGGCCUCUCUGGGCCUGCACUGCCUCGAGCCCGCCUGCUCCCGCUGGACGCUGGCCUCUUUCGCUGAGAAGCACUAUGCGCCGUUCCUUCUGCAGCCCACCACCAAGGUGGUUGUGAUUAUGCUAUUCCUCUGCCUGCUGGGAGUCAGCCUGUACGGGACCACCCAAGUUCGGGAUGGCCUGGAGUUGACGGACAUAGUGCCCAGAGAGACCAGCGAGUACGACUUCAUCGGCGCCCAGUUCAAGUUCUUCUCCUUCUACAACAUGUAUGUAGUGACCCAACGGGCCGACUACGCCCAGAUCCAGCCUUUGCUGCACCAGCUUCACCACAGGUUCCACAGCAUCCGCUACGUGCUGAAGGAAGAGGACGGUCAGCUGCCCCGCAUGUGGCUCCACUACUUCAGGGACUGGCUGCAAGGACUCCAGCAGGCGUUCGACACAGACUGGGAGGCCGGCCGCAUCACCACCAACAACUACAGGAAUGGAUCAGAUGAGGGCAUCCUGGCAUACAAGCUCUUGGUCCAGACGGGACGCAGGGAAAAACCCAUCAACUUCAACCAAUUGACUCGUCAGAGACUCGUGGAUGCAGAUGGGAUCAUCAACCCUGGAGCUUUUUACAUCUACCUAACCGCCUGGGUCAGCAAUGAUCCUGUGGCGUAUGCUGCCUCACAGGCCAACAUCCAUCCACACCCUCCUGAGUGGAUCCACGACCGAACCGACUCCAUGCCCGAGACACGUCUCAACAUUCCCGCUGCAGAGCCCAUCGAAUACACACAGUUCCCCUUCUACCUCAACGGGCUCCGGGAGACGCCACAGUUCGUGGAGGCCAUCGAGAGCGUGCGGGAAAUCUGCAACAACUACAGCCAACAAGGCUUGCCCUCCUACCCCAACGGCUACCCUUUCCUGUUCUGGGAGCAGUACGUUAGUCUACGCCACUGGCUCCUCCUCUCCAUCAGCGUUGUGCUCGCCUGCACCUUUCUGGUCUGCGCCCUUUUUCUGCUCAACCCAUGGACUGCUGGCAUCAUAGUGUUGGUGCUUUCUCUCAUGACAGUAGAGCUGUUUGGCUUCAUGGGGCUGAUGGGAAUCAAGCUGAGCGCUGUCCCUGUUGUGAUUCUCAUCGCCUCGGUAGGCAUCGGAGUGGAGUUCACCGUCCACGUGGCUCUGGCAUUCCUGACGGCCAUAGGGGACCGUCACAAGCGAGCGGUGCUGGCUUUGGAGCACAUGUUUGCACCGGUGCUUGAUGGAGCCUUUUCCACUUUAUUAGGUGUCCUAAUGCUCGCUGGCUCAGAGUUUGACUUCAUUGUCAGGUAUUUCUUCGCAGUGUUAGCCAUCCUAACAGUUCUUGGAGUACUGAAUGGAUUGGUCCUUCUCCCAGUGUUAUUGUCAUACUUUGGACCGUAUCCAGAGGUAUCGCCAGCUGAUGGUUGCAGUCGCCUACCUAGCCCAUCUCCAGAGGCCCCAUCUAGAGUGGUACGCUUCUCGGUUCGUCCUCCCCAAACCACUGGGGCCACCACCACCACCACCACCUCAGGGGCAGUUACAGACUCGUCAGACUCAGAGUACAGCUCUAACACAACAGCAUCUGGAAUCAGCCAGGCGAUGCAGGAUUACAACCUGCACUCGCACAGGGCUGAGGAGCAGCAGUACCACCUCCAAACCAGCAGGGGUAGAGCUGCCAGGACGGAGAAUGAAAGAAGAGAGGGAUCAGGGCACAGACGUUUACCUCCCAGACAGCAUAAUCCUCCAGCCUAUACCAUGUCAUCAUCUUUUCCCUCUCAGCGCUGUGAUUCGGGGACUACGCAACACAACAGCAGCAGGGACCGUAGGAGCCAGCGGCGCCGGCAAGCCCCGCCCCCGGCCCGCCCGCGCACAGACGCUUUUGGCACUGCUACUGAGGCUGGGGGCUAUCACGGCCCGCCCGGCCACAGAGAACACUCAGCAGGCCACCAGGGCUGCUCCUCCCCCAACCCUCAGCCUCAUCACCACCUCCCACACCAACACCCCGGCACCGCCUCGUUCUGUCAGCCCAUCACCACGGUAACAGCAUCAGCCUCAGUAACCGUCGCCGUUCACCCUGCCCCCUUCUCCGCCCAGAGCCCAGCCUCUUCUUACCCAGAAUACACUGCAGCAGACAGUUACGGCCCAUCGGGGCCAGAGGAGCCAGAGGCAACCUUCCAAGACCCCCACGUGCCAAUUUACACUCACACAGAGGCCAGAGAAGUCAAGAUGGAGGCCAUGGAGCUCCAAGAUUUGGAGUCAGAGGCAGCUGAGAGCAACCGUGGAGGACAGGGUAGCUGAGUUUCGGAGAACAGGCGCACUAUGGCCAAAGAUGGACUUCUCUGUAUUACUAAGCAACUGACCCAGCUUAGCCCAACCUCGCUCGCUCCCACCCCCCAUAGCGAGAAGCUCGCCAGUGUUUCAAUAAUGGUGCUUGUUGUUACUGUAACCUAUUGGACUGUUGUCAUAGAUAUGUCUAUCUAUAUUUAUAAGUUGUACACAUAUGUAAAUAUGAACAAAAAAUAGGUAUAAUUCUAGGAGCUGUACAAAUCCUCUUGUUAAUAGACAGGGGCUGUCAUUUUGUAAGUGUGUGUGUGUGUGUGUGUGUGUGUGUGUGUGUGUGUGUGUGUGUGUGUGUGUGUGUGUGUGUGUGGAUCUGUGCCAUUAGGAAGUGUUAUCUAGAAAAAAAUAUAUACCUGUCAGCAUUCACUGUUGCUGCUCAAAAUAUAAAGUCUUCUAAUUAUUAAUGUACAUUUAUAACACUAUGCAACUGCCUACUUAAAAGUAGUGAUCUGUCUGGGUACAUGAAUGUGUGUGUGUGUGUGUGUGUGUGUGUGUGUGUGUGUGUGUGUGUGUGUGUGUGUGUGUGUGUGUGUGUGUGUGUGUGUGUGUGUGUGUGUAAAGCUGUUUAAUGUGAAACAGCUCCAUUAUUUUCUGGCUUAUUCAUUAGAAACAACUGAACAUACUAAUACUUCAAACAAGAGGGAAAGAGAAUUAUCAGUCAAAGCAAGUGUGUGUGUGUGUGUGUGUGUGUGUGUGUGUGUGUGUGUGUGUGUGUGUGUGUGUGUGUGUGUGUGCGUGCGUGCGUGUGUGUGUACAGGUACGCUUGUAAAACUAUAAAUUUUUAUCACAAACCUGUGGUAGUUAUGAAAGAAAUAUUGUUUUAACUUGACACGCCAUGCGUGCUAUUUAAGAUGAGCUGACAUGAAGAAUUUUUUUUGUUUUAUUUCUUCUCUUUUGGUUCUCCCAAGUUUUUGCCUUCAAACCUGUUUCUGCACUCAGCUCUGUAUCACUGUCUCGUUAGGCUGGUUGUGUUUUUACUGUACGAGGUUAUGUGUCGUUAAACCCUGGCAGGCUCAAAAACGGGUUAUGUGUCGUCUACCCACCUCAGAAAUCAACUCUACCUUUUACGGGGAUCUUCACGUCGCAGAUUCUGGAACAGGGUCCAAACAAGGUGCUACCUCUGCGCCUAGAGUGGCUUUGCCUUCACCGAUAAGCUAAAGUUCAGACUGUAUACUGUAUGACCCGAUCCAACAUGGCACUUGACUGCAUGUUCAUUCACAGAAAUGUCUCAUCUGUAGUAGCUCUUACUCUUCCGUUCAAUAAGCUAGACCGCUGCUUGCCCCCCACCCCCCCAAUGACAGUAAAGACAACUGGUCCUAGUUUGCACCGCAGCUGUCCCCAUUGACCUCAGCUUGUAAAAAUCCACAACUUAAGGCCAUGACACUAAUUGGAUGUCUCCCCUCAGCUGCUAAAUUGCACAAGCCUGAGCCUCGGGGUGGGAUGGGGGCGGAUGGGGUUAGCGCUUUAGUCCACCAGCCUCCUCCUCCUCCUUCACCAGCUAUGGCCAGUUUAAAUCUGCAUGUGCCAGCAGGCGCACCUGCAACCCCUCCACCCGCCACACUUACCCCCCCCCCCCCCCCCACCCCCCGCUCUUACUCCCUCCACAUCACCAUGUUGACACCUUCACUUCCUUCUAGCUCUUCCUCAAAGUUUCUUUUUGUUUAUGGCACGGUAUGGGGGCCAAAAUUAAGACUACUGCCCAGCAGCAGGAGGCUAUAUAAAUUCUGAAGCAAACUACCGACCUGAUUAAUGAUAAGAUGGUGCCGAUAACUGAGAGGCUGGCGCUGCUUACUGAGAAAUAGUACCUUUACCAGCAUUAUUACUAGAUACACUAGUGACUAGCAGUCCUCGGCUGGUCAUUGACUGGUUCACACACUCCCUCUGCUGUCUAUUAGCAUGAAAAGGCUAGCGUUAGCCUGGACGAGCUGGUGUUAGCAUUGAGAGGCUAGCCAUUAGCGUGUCUAGGCUGGCCACUAGCUGGAUUUCCUACCUCCUCGACGGACCAUUAGCAUGGAUAGGCUGGCAUUAGCAUCAGAGAGGCUAGCCAUUAGCGUGCCUAGGCUGGCCACUAGCUGGAUUUCCUACCUCCUCGAUGGACCAUUAGCAUGGAUAGGCUGGCAUUAGCAUCGGAGAGGCUAGCCAUUAGCGUGCCUAGGCAUGCCACUAGCUGGAUUUCCUACCCCCUUGACGGACCAUUAGCAUGAAUAGGCUGGCAUUAGCAUUGGAGAGGCUAGCCAUUAGCAUGUCUCAGAGAGUCACUAGUCAGCUAGUGGCCAGCCUAGGCACGCUAAUGGCUAGUCUUUCCGAUGCUAACGCCAGCCUAUCCAUGCUAAUGGUCCGUCAAGGGGGUAGGAAAUCCAGCUAGUGGCCAGCCUAGGCACGCUAAUGGCUAGCCUCUCCAAUGCUAACACCAGCCCGUCCAGGCUAACGCUAACCUAUCCAUGCUAAUAGACAGCAGAGGGAGUGUGUGAACCAGUCAAUGACCAGCCGAGGGCUGCUAGUACCUAGCGUAUCUAGUAAUAACGCCGGUAAAGGUGCUAUUUCUCAGUAAGCAGCGCCAGCCUCUCAGUUACCGGCACCAGCUUAUCAUUAAUCAGGUCGGUAGUUUGCUUCAGAAUUUAUAUAGCCUCCUGCUGCUGGGCAGUAGUCUUAAUUUUGGCCCCCAUGCCGCGCCAUAUUUGUGUGGGUCAGUUUUCCCCUCCUGUUACAUCAGCUGCUUGCAGGAAAUAGGUUAUUCUGUUCAUUUUGUUUAGUCUCCUCCCGCUGUCACAUUGGCAGCAGAGGAGCGACUCAUAGCUGGCAACUAUUUUAUUCAUUUCUAUAUGUUUUUUUGUUUAAUUGUGAUAUUUAUAUUUUUGUAAUAUAAAACAUGUUUUUUUAUUAUUGUUGAGAUGCCAGUGGAUAACAAAUGCAGGGAUUUUUAUGUCUAUUGAGAAAAAAAACACUAUUACAGUUUAAUGUUUUUUUUUACAUUAAUGGAGUUGAUCUGUAUAAAGUGCUUACUAAUGUUAAAUAGGAAAAAAGAGUAUAUAACAUUUUACACUUCAGAUCUCAUCAUAGCUCUUAGAGGAUUUGAAAAGGAAAAAAUUCAGACUUUCAGACUGCCAUUUUGGUCUCGGUUGGCGUGGAUUUAUGCUGUUUUCAGUUACAAAGAUAAAUGUAUGCCAUAUAAUUUAUUUAUAUGAAAAUUUAUUUUUGUAGUGUACAUAGUAGUUGUCAAGGUGUUUGACAGAAGUAUAUUUCUAAAGAGUUUAUAUGUAUUGAUAUACAGUAACAGAAAAAAGCCUUAAGGUGCACAGUUUCAUUGCUAACUGUCAUGUGAGACAACAUUGCCACCUCCCCUUCAGUAUUAAGUUUGGAUUCUUAGGAGAGAGAGAGAGAGAGAGAGAGAGAGAGAGCUGUUUCUAUGGGUUUUGUCAGAAGCUAGCCAUGAAAGUAGAAAAUUGUACUAGCUCUCUAAAUAUUAAUGUUCAAACACUGAUAGAAUUCUAACAAAUGAAAAUAUAACUUAUUUGUCUCUUUGUUCAUAACUUUAAUAAAUGGAAAUUUAAAAAAGA